AAAAGAGCAUGAAUAUGGGAAGAGAAAUACUAGAGUAGUAAUAGUAAUACUUGUACUGAGUCAAUCCCCAUUAUCCUACUGCUUCCAGAAUCCCUAAUUCACACAACCACUUUCUUUCUUGACAACUAUGCUGCUACAAUAACACUAACCCACUUCAAUUCAAUUAUUUCCCAGAUCUACUUCAUUCUCAUUUCAUUGUUUAGUGGGUAAUUUUGGUUCUGGAGUGAGGGCAGCGAGUGAGUCAAUUGUAAAUUUGUUUGUAUUUAAUUGUUGUUAAUAGGGAGAAUUGAAUGGAAGGGAAUUCUGGCGGUGGUGGUGGAGGAGGAGGAAGUGGCGGUGGUGGUAGUGGUAGUGGCGGUGGUGGUGGUGGUGGUGGAGGAAAUGACGUGGAGCUUGUGUGCAAAACAUUGCAGGUUGAGCAUAAGUUAUUCUACUUCGAUCUAAAGGAGAACCCACGUGGGCGGUACUUGAAAAUUUCUGAAAAGACUUCGGCAACUCGUUCCACUAUAAUCGUUCCUUUCUCUGGCAUUUCCUGGUUCCUUGAUCUCUUUAAUUACUAUGUCUCUGAUGAGCAUGAUCUCUUCAGUAAAGAGUUACAGCUUGACACCAAGGUAUUUUACUUUGACAUUGGCGAAAACAGAAGGGGUCGCUUCUUGAAGGUAUAA